CGCUGGAGCUGGAGGCGGCGCGGCAGGAACGCCGCGGGGAGGGCUGCGCCGGUUGCUCCCCUCGCCGUCCCUGGGGCGCUUUGCGUCUCCAGUCCGGGACCGACGCCGCCGGCCGUCACGGGCGGCCGGAUCCGCGCCCCGCCUCAGCGCCCGCCCGGAGGACAUGCGGGAGAGAGAAUGAGCCAGAGGGACACGCUGGUGCAUCUGUUCGCCGGGGGAUGUGGUGGUACAGUGGGAGCUAUUCUGACAUGUCCACUGGAAGUUGUAAAAACACGGCUGCAGUCGUCCUCCCUGACACUUUAUGUCUCUGAAGUUCAGCUAAACACCAUGGCUGGAGCCACUGUCAACCGAGUAGUCUCUCCUGGACCUCUCCAUUGCCUAAAGAUGAUCUUGGAAAAAGAAGGGCCUCGUUCCUUGUUUAGAGGAUUGGGCCCCAAUUUAGUGGGGGUGGCUCCUUCCAGAGCAAUAUACUUUGCUGCUUAUUCAAACUGCAAGGAAACGUUGAACGGUGUAUUUGAUCCUGAUUCUACCCAGGUACACAUGAUUUCAGCAGCAAUGGCAGGUUUUAGUGCGAUCACAGCGACCAACCCAAUUUGGCUUGUAAAGACUCGGUUACAGCUCGAUGCAAGGAACCGUGGGGAAAAACGAAUGGGUGCCUUUGAAUGUGUUCGUAAAGUGUAUCGGACAGAUGGACUGAGAGGAUUUUAUAGGGGCAUGUCGGCUUCAUAUGCUGGCAUAUCAGAGACUGUUAUUCAUUUUGUUAUUUAUGAAAAUAUUAAGCAAAAACUACUGGGAUAUAAAACUGCUUCAACGAUGGAAGAUGAUGAAGAGUCUGUGAGAGAAGCAACAGAUUUUGUGGGAAUGAUGUUGGCUGCUGCCACCUCAAAAACUUGUGCCACAAGUAUAGCGUAUCCACACGAAGUUAUAAGAACAAGACUACGUGAAGAGGGAACAAAAUAUAGAUCUUUUUUUCAGACACUAUCUUUGCUUGUUCAAGAAGAAGGUUACGGGUCUCUCUACCGUGGUCUAACAACUCAUCUGGUGAGACAGAUUCCAAACACAGCUAUUAUGAUGGCCACCUAUGAAUUGGUGGUCUACCUACUCAAUGGAUAGCAACAGCUGCCUGUCAUUCUAUAAAGAGGGAAGACCAAAAGAUUACAGUGGACCAUGGACUAUCUAAGCCAGCAUGGUGGACAGAAGAAAAAUAGUUCGGGAACAUGUAACUAUGCCUAAGUGGAAGUUUGGUUCUAGGAGGUAAAGUGAUCAUACCACAUUACUUGGUCUUUUUGGAAAUGUGAAAAAAACCUCAGCUGCUUCCAAGGAAACGCCUUUAAAAGCACUCCUUUCUCAAAAUUGCCAUUUUCUCUGCCAUGUCCCCCUGACUCAGUUAAGUUUUGUUGAUUUAUGGCAGUCAGAGUAUAGUGUUCUGUAUUCCAUGUGUUUUUCCAGUCUUCUAAACAAAGCCAUCCCUAAUUAUAUGCUGUAUUAUAACUGUCCGAAGAUAGUAUUGACAGUCGUAAAUUUCCGACUUCUGGCUUCUGCUAAAUUCCUGUAAAAUUGCAAAAUAACAACAAUAAUAGUGAGGUCCUCAGUAUUAUUUUCAUACUUCUCUGAGAGAACCUGGCACAAUAUUUUAAAGUUAAUUACUUUGUGUUAGUAGCUGCUGUUUUUGACAACCAAUACAAUACUGUCUAAAUAGCUUGUAUAUUUUUAGCAUUAAAAUAUUUUGAUUUGCACUUUCUAACAGGUGCUUGAUGUUUAGCAUAAUUGUUCUUUAACAUAUCAAAUGAUACUAGUUUGGGACAAAAUAAACCAGGAAAAUGUUGAUUCUUGACCAUUUCAGUGACCUGAGCAUGGCCUUUUGUACUUUCUCAGACUUCAUGGUACAUGAAUGAAGACAGCUAUAAUUCAACCAUCUUUAUUCAGUGAUUUAUUAAUUUUGAACCUGAAUUAUCACCUAUUCAUCAUAGAUAUAUUUACCUAAAGGGGAAAAAAAACUACCAUUUCUGAACUUCUUGUCUGCUUGCUUUCACAUUAAGAUUGGAACCUUUGACUUACUUCCAGAAGAUAUGGAUAGAUUACAUUUGUUUCAUAGAGAAAAUGGUAAUUUUUAACUUGGCCCUCACGAUUUUUUAAGGUGACAUUAUAUUAAUACCUCGGGCAGUGUAAACACAGAAAAGAGAGGCCCUCUGCUGUCUGCUUCAGCAGGUAGUGGUUUUAAUUGGCACAUGGUUUUAUAAAUGAACAAACUGCUUUUAACAAAUUUAUCCUCUCCUAAUUUCCUGAAUGGUAUAUCAUGGAAAGAGUCGAGUUAAUUCAGAUUGAUUAAGUGUGCUAAAAGGGUAUAGCUUUUAAAUUUUGCUAUUGAGCUCAACUGUAGCUUUUCAUACUUCAGAUCUGUUACGUGUAUGGCCCUUCCUGAAUGCGUUCACUGUAGUUCUGUGAGGAGACUUCUGCCCAUGAAUGUUGCUGGACUGGUGUAUAAGACUUGUACAGUUAAACUCCAGUGUGGUACUCAUUUCAGUAUUCAUGAACUGGACAUUUUGUGCAGUGGCUUUAUCUGACUUCCUGUGUAUGCACUUUGUGGCCUUUUUUGGUGGUGAGAGAAUGGGAGAGAAUUCCAUGUUAAGAUUUAAAAAAAAAAAAAAAAUUGGUCACAUAUUAGGCAGAAACAGUGUUCAUAGCAUUUUUCUGGGUUUUAGAUAUGUUGUUUUGGAGAUUUUUAAUAUAAAUGUUUUAAGCAUCCUGUGUAUAUUUUAGUGACCCCCAGUGUUAUUGGAAAUUACAGUAUGUCAUUGCAAGCUUUGCUGUCACCAAUGAAAUACAGUGCCCUCUUGAAUUCUCCCACCUUCUUAAAAUCCUCAUAGUAACAAUAACUGGAUGAUUUUGAGGUACUUUGAUUGGAAUUAAAAAAAAAAAAUUCCAGUGUACCUGACCGAGACCAAAGGCAAAUUCAUUUCUCUUACCUUUGGGGUUAUUAAUACCUUUUAUGGUGAAUUUUAGCUUUGACAUUUAUUGUGAAGCACAUACCAAAAAAACAAAAAUAGGGUUUUCUGGCUUGAAUCUGUAGAGAAAGUCUCUAUCUAUAGAGUCUGCCUUUUCAGGUGCCACGUUUACUGCCUAAUACAGUGCCAUUUGCCUUGUGAAGAUUUAUCGGCAUGUUGAGUGUAGGACAGAGACUCUCCCCAAUCUUAAUGACCUCAGUCCCCACAGUUGGUUACGAAUGAUAUGAAAACCAGCAGCUAAGGAACAUCUUAUUAUUUUGUUGUAGCAGAUUCAUAACAAGUGUCCUUCAAGGAUGGAUAUGUACUCUAAUCCUGUUUGUAUUUAGCAAGUAAAACUUCUGUUGCCCUUUAGUGCAUUACAUUCAGCAUUUAAGAGUAUUAUGUAAUAAUGGAAGGAAAGGAGAGCUUAGUGUCUGGGGUUUUGUUUCUUUGUGCAGCAACUGGAAAGGAGCAGUGAAGUUUAUUUUCAUUGUUUUUUUCCCAAAAGCACAAUCUGUAGAAGUUUACUUUAUGAAAGAGAUAAUUAAAAAAGAAAACUAUACAUAAAAUUUGUAUAUAAAGUUUGUCUCCAGAAUAUUUCUUUGAAAUUUUUUUUUAAUUACUGAUUCAAAUGUUUAAAAAAGAAAAACACAUACUGAAAGCAUCGGCCUUUUUUAAACUUUUUUAUUUUCAUCUCUUUUCUAUUAAAUGCCUUUUUUAAAUUUUUGGUAUAAAGGCAGUCAGCAUUCUUCAGAUUGGUACAUACUUCUAUUAUAAAAUCCUCUCAGAAAAUUGAACUUAUUCAGGUGAAAGCAGUAGAUACUGAAAGGACAUCCUGUAAGACUCUAGUAGACCUGUAACAGAUAGGACUCUGCUACCUGUUAGCUUGUAGAAAUGAUUUCCUGAGUUUCAGAAUCCAAAUGUGAGAAUUAUCAACCCUGUGGUUGUGAGGUACCAUAUAGUGCUUUUGAAUCCAUGGAAAAACUAUCACCAAAGCUUUGUCUUAAUUUUCAUUGUGUAUGUGAGAUUGUGGAACUAACCUUACUAGAUGGGGCGCACAGGUAAUUGAUUUGUAACUUCAAAAGCACAGCAGAAUAUCAUUAAAUCACCUUACCCCGCCCUUCAUCUCUGAACAGAACCUAAUGCACAUUAGGACCAGCAGAGCGUGGGUUGUUAACAGUGAUGACUGUUUACUCUUACUGGAGUAUAAAUAUCUCAGCAUUUUUAGAUUAGUUUUAGUAAGUAACAGUGUUGAUUUGGAUUCAAAGGGUUUGAAUGCUAGAAAUUCAUCCAUCCUUUGUUCUUUCAGCAUCGUUCAUGUCCAGUACUAGGUUGUGUACAUGCUCUUAUGCCCAGACUGUUAGUACUGUCGGGACCCCUUUUGGGCUAAUAAAUAAAAUAGCUCAGCCUUUUCCUCCUCCAGUUAUUGAUCAUGACUUCAACAUUCCUAAGAAUAUAGAUAAUUUUGAAUGAUUUAAAUUGGAAGGAGUUUUAAUAUACAAAAGUCAUACAGCAUCCUUUCUGCCCACUCAUAGCUCUUCUCCAUCAUGCCCUUAUAUUUCUCAUAUACACUGACUUUUAUGUGAAUCUUUGUAGAAACUGAAAGUUCUAAUUUCACUCAGUUUUUGUGUUAGGUUUUGAAUGUGUACCCCUGCAUAUGUGAACCAUUAAAUUAUGACCUGUCACUCAUCGCUAAAUAGUCCACUUCAUAAGAGUUGAUAUCUUUUGGUCAUUCAUAUGAGGUCUGCUAUUUUUGCAUUUAUGUACAUGGCUGUAAAUUAUGUGCAUUUACUCUGUAUUUAUGUUAACUAGCCAACUUUUGUUUGAACUGUUAAAAUUUAAAAAUUAAAACAUGCUUAUGAAAAUAGUGGUGAUUUUUUUUCCGUAAUGUAUUUUCAUGAUUUGGCAUGGUAAGAAUAUAAUCACACUUUCUUAGGGUUGUGUGUAGAACAAAAGAGCAUUGUGAUGCUUAUUGGUCCAUGCAUAUGGUAAACCUUUUUUUUUUUUUUUUAGGUAGGGAAGGGGUGCUUGUGUCUCCUAGACCUAGUGGUAGGUCUAGAAAUCAAAGGUCAAAUCUAAUCAAAAGGUCUACCCACUUUAUGCUUUGUCUAUUUUAAGUUUUCCUCAAUUGUAACUAACAUCAAACAUUACCCAGUCUGAGAGGUAAGGAGACCAGGGCAGAUUUGUCAAGUUCCAGUUCUCAAAGUUAACAUAAAGCUGAAAUCGUUUAGUCUACUAACUGUAUUCUUUCCACUGAACACUGCAGUUGUGGAUAGAGUGAAGAGUCUAGCAAAAUAAUGGUUGAGGUUGGUAUGGGUGAGUUCAAGAGUGUCCCAAGUUUAAGCGUGAGUAUGUUUAUUCAUUACUGAAUAUAAAGAGAUGUGCUGAAGGAAGGGAUAUGAGAUUUCUUAAGGUUCAAGUGUGACAUCUAUACAAGUGAUGAAAUUGAGGCAAGCAAGAUGUAGUUAAAUGAUUUCUUUUUCAAUUUUAUUUUUCAGUGCAGUUUUUUUAUACUGCAGAGACCAGCUGGCCACCUUAAUAAUAUACACGGAAUCAAUGCAAUAAUUUAAAUUCAUAGAAUUCUGUUUACAACAUUUUUUAUGUGAUUUUCCCAAUAACCUCUAGACUGAAUGAAUAGACAAAUGACAUUUAGAGGACUAAUAGCCAAAGCUGGGCUUUUUGACUUGAGUGUCCUGAAUAUUAAACCCUGUUAUUUUUGUUUUACUGUACUAAGUUAUUUUCGGGAUGGCACAGGGAGGAUUAAGAGAAACACCUCCUCAUUGAAAGGAAAGAUCAUUGUAACCCAGGAAAUAUUUUGUGGAGUAGCUUAAUGGAGAUGGGGUUGAGUCAUGCUUUGACCUUAGGUUGAAAGCUUUUACCCAGAAAGAUAAAAAACUUUUCAUGUAUUUCAUAGAGGUGGAAUAGCGUGAGUGAAGUCUGGGAGUUGGCUCAGAAUGAAACAUAUUGGAAAGUAAUGAGAAACGGAACUGAGCAUGUAGGUUUGGACUACAUGAACAGUCCUAGAUCUGACCUGUGGAGCUUAGAUUACGUCCAGAGACUACUGCAGGGCCACUGAAUUUUUUUCCCAAGGGAUAGUGACAUCACGGAAAGUUAGACUUAAAUACUAGGUUGAGUAUGUCUUAUGUGAGCUAUUUUCAAUUAUACUACCUUUGAACCACUGUGAUUCCUGAAGAUGACCUGUUUUUGGGGGGAAGUGUGUUUUACAGAAAGUUUACAUGGAAAAGUUAGCAUUUUAACCAGACUCUGGAACAAGAAUAAAAAUUGGAUAGGCUGAUACAGAGAGAUGCAUUCCUUACUGAACCAAAGAUGAAAGUGUUCUAGUAGUCCAAGUCAGGAGGAACUACCCGUUUUCUUUGAUUCCUUUCUCUUGGGAAUUGACUGUAACAGUAACUUUCUUGAGAUUAUGAAACUAGUGGUAGACCCAGAAUCCUAAACCAAGUCUCAGUCAAAGGAGAUCAUCAUAUCCAACCUGAGAAAAUUUAGUACAAGAUCCCUGUUUUAAACAGUUUGUGUAUAAAAUUUUUGAAUGAAAAACUAAUUUGCACUGUAAACUUUCACCUAAAACAAAAUUUAAAAAAAAAAAUUUUUUUUUUUCUGUUCCCCAGCCUGCUUCCAAAAAAAAAAAAAAAAAUUUAAAGCACCUCAUAAUUCCUCCAUGAAUCUUUCAUUGUCAACUUCUUAAUUUUAGCUUUCAGGAGUCUCUGAUAUAAUAAAUCUUCAUUGUAUAAAUCCAAGAUUCUGCGGUAUGAUUGGUCUCCGUUGUAUGGAUAAGUGGCCUCGCUAUGUAAAUAACCUUAAUGGUCAGAUCUGUACCUUUCUAGGUUGUAUACUGAUUUUUGGUUUAAAUUUUUUGUCCCCCCGUCUUCAUCCCCAACAAAUACAGUAUUAGAGCAACUGGACUUCAAUAUGGUUAAAAAUUAACCUUGACUUUGAUCUCACCAUACACAAAAGGUGGAUGAUAGGUAAAAUUUUAAAUUAUAAACCCGAAGGAAACAUGAGAAUAUCUUUACAACUUAGGGGUAGAGUUCACAAAAAGCACUAUCAGUAAAAUAUUGUUCAAUGAUGACGCAAAUACAACAUUGAAAAUACUCAACAAUACAGGUGUCUGACGAUAUGUACUGAACUAGAAAAUAGGCAAAGACUUGAACAGGCACUUCACAAAAAGAAUGAAACACAUGAAGAGAUGCUUAUCAUGAUUAGUAAUACAAAUAACCAAAAUGAGAUACCGCCAUAUACCCAGUAGAACGACCAGUAAACUAACAAUACCAGGGAUGUAAAAACAACUCAAACUCUUCAUACGUUGCUCUUGGGAGUGUAAAGUAGUAAACUGCUGUGGAAAACUGCAGUUGGUAAGGUUAAAACUACAUCCACUCUACAACCUGAAUUUUUUAUUCAGGGAUAUUUUCCAAGAGAAAUAAACUUACCCACAAAAGCUUAUAAAGCAGCUUUCUUAUAUAAAGCUUAUCAUCAAGAGAAGAUAAAUUGUAGUAUAUUCAUAUAGUAGAAGAGAACAACAAAAAAACACCAUGAAUACAUGCAGUAACAUGGAUGAGUAUCAAAAGCAUAUUAAAUGAAAGCCAGGCACAAAAUUAUGUAUGCUUUGCCAUUCCAUUUAUACUAAGGUCAAGAACAGGCAAAAUAAGUCUAGUGAUAGAAGUCAAAAUAGUGGUUACCUGGUACGGGGGCCUGGGGGAAGGAGAUUUGACUAACAAAGGGCAUUGUAGAACCUUCUGGAGUGAUAUGUUCCAUUUGUUGAUCUGGGUAGUGGUUAGGCAGGUGUGUACAUAACAUGAAAACUCAUUAGCUGUACAUUCAAGAUUUGUCCACUUUAAACAUGUUCCUAAGAUCCACUAAUGCAAAAUAAAAAACAUUCUUGGAAAUACGAGUGAAAGCUACAGAAUAAAACGCAUAAAGACUUCAGAUUACUGGAAUUAUCAAAGUACAGUUCAUAAAAGAAGCAUGCUUAACAUGUUUCAAGAAUAAAAUUGAUGGCAAAAUAAUUCUAUUAUGAAAACAUUCUGCAUCCCACUUUGAAAUGUGGCGUCUGGGGUCUUAACUGCUAACAAGCAGCCUUCUAAGAUGCAUCAAUUGGUCUCAACCCACCUGGGUCAAAGGAGAAUGAAGAACACCAAGGUCACAGGAUAACUAUGAGCCCAAGAGCCAGAAAGGGCCACAUGAACCAGAGACUUACAUUAUCCUGAGACCAGAAGAACUAGAUGGUGCCCGGCCACAACCGAUGACUGCCCUGACAGGGAGCAUAACAGAGAACCCCUGAGGGAGAAGGAGAUCAGUGGGAUGCAGACCCCAAAUUCUCAUAAAAAGACCACACUUAAUGGUCUGACUGAGACUAGAGGAAUCCCGGCGGUCAUGGUACCCAAACCUUCUGUUGGCCCAGGACGGGAACCAUUCCCAAAGACAACUCAUCAGACAUGGAAGGGACUGGACAAUGGGUAGGAGAGAGAAGCUGAUGAAGAGUGAGCUACUUGUAUGAGGUAGACACUUGAGACUGUGUUGGCAUCUCCUGUCUGGAGGGGAAAUAGGAGGGUAGAGAGGGUUAGAAACUGGCAAAAUUGUCACGAAAGGAGAGACUGGAAGGGCUGACUCAUGGGGAGAGUUGGAGUAUGGAGUGAGGUGUAUAUAAGCUUAUAUGUGACAGACUGACUUGAUUUGUAAACGUUCACUUAAAGCUCAAUAAAAAUUAUUUUAAAAAAUAAUAAAAAAUAAAAUUGAGGUUUUAAAAAUGAGAAUCUGGCAUAUAAGUAGGAGCUCUGAGCAGCUUGUCUACUCCACUGGAACUAAAUCUCCGAUACAGCGUACUUUUUGAAGCAUUGCUCCAAAAAAGUAGAAAGGCUCUUCGGGGGUUUUUCCUUUCCCUCCCCACCCCGUAUCCAAAUCGAAACAACUAGAAAUUAAUUUGGGGUGGACAGGGUAGGUAGGAGGGCUGGGGAUUAGGUGGCCGGGAGGAAUUGUGUAUCCGGGAUCUGGGGCUGAAGAGAAGGCGUGUGAGAGCAGGUUGGUGUACUCCAGGGCUCCCUGGGUCCAGUAGAAGCAGAAUCAAAUCUUUGAAGGAAGACUUCCCCAAGCGAGGUCUACAGAACUCCUGUCGCAUUAUCUGAUGAAGAUUAUCAACCAUGUAAGGCCAACCACUAUGAUGGCAGAAACAUGGAAACCAACAGAUUGGCAUAUACCUCAAGGACUGAAAGUGUUGGAACUGUCAUACACAGAAUAUAGUUACAAAAAUGAGCAUGCAACAAGAAACUAUCAGGAAUAAACUUUAAAACUUGACAGUAAAAAUGAAUAUAGUGGCUGAAAUCAAGAACUCAAUGGGUAAGUUAAAAGCGGACUAGAUAGACAUAAUCGAAGUAAUUUGGUCAGCCUUAAAGUAGUCCAUGAACCUUAUAUUAUCUAGGAGAAGGAUGAAGAUUUUAGUUAAAUUUUGGUAAAUUAAGUAUGCAUAUUGUAAUAUUCUAGAAUAACCAAUAAAUGAACAGAAAUAGCCUGUAUAACUUCCAUAAUGUAGAAGAGGAAGACAUGAAAUAAUUAUUUUUAAGAAAUCAAUAUAAAACAAGGGCAGAAAGGAGAGGCAAACAGCAUGAAAUAAUAGUUUUAGAUCCAAAUAUAUCAGUAAAACAUUAAGUGGAAAUAGAUCAACUGUUCCAGUUAAAAGAUAAAGAUUGUCAGAUGAAUUAAAAUAUAAAUGACAACAAACACUAUGGCUAUUUGUGAGGUACACAGCUAAAACAUAAGAAGCUAAGGUUGAAAGUAAACGAAUGAAAAGGGAUAUUGACGUGCAAAUAUUACCCAAAAGAAAAGAGGUCUGGCUGUAUUACAGGCAAAACAGAUUUUAAGUUUGUUUAGCAUAACUUACUAAGAUUUGACAGAAUACUAAUAGAGAUGUUUCAACAAAUGGAUGCAGACCUGGAAGCACUCGCUCACCUAAGCCAAGAAAUUUGGAAGAGAUCCAUAUUUAUGCCUAUUAGAAAGGUGAUCCAACAGAAAGACUAAGGUACGUCUGACUCAAGCCAUGGUAUUUUCAGUCACCUCAUAAUGCAUGCAAAAGCCGGAGAAUGAAUAAAGAAGACCGAGGAAGAAUUAAUGCCUUUGAAUUGUGUUGGUGAAGAAUAUUGAAUAUACCAUGGACUGACAGAGGAACGAAAAAGUCUGUCUUGGAAAAAGCACAGCCAGAAAGUUCCUUAGAAGCAAGGAUGGUGAGAUUUCAUCUCACAUACCUUGGACAUGUUAUCAGGAGGGACCAGUCCCUGGAGAAGGACAUUAUGCUUGGUAAAGUAGAGGGUCAGCAAAAAAGAGAAAGACCCUUGACAAGGUGGACUGACACAGUGGCUGAAACAAUGGACUCGAGCAUAACAACUGUGAGGAUGGCACAGGACCAGGCAGUGUUUCAUUCUGUUGUACAUAGGGUGGCUAUGAGUCAGAGCCAACUGGAAGGCACCUAACAACACUAGGAUUAGAGAAGUUUACCUCAUCAUAAUGAAAUGGUUGUUUUACUGAAGAUAUAAUGAUUUAAAAUUUUUAUAUACCUAAUAAAAUUGGCUCAAGAAACACAAGAGGAGUUCAUACAACUUGACCAAGGCACAGUCAUGGAAGCUGCAUAGACACAUCCAGACUCCCUGAGGGACUGAAUUACUGGGCUGAGGGCUGGGGACCAUGUUCUCGGGGGACACCUAGCUCAAUUGCUUAAUAUAGUUUAUAAAGAAAAUGUUCUACAUCCUACUUUAGUGAGUAGCAUCUGUGGCCUUAGAAGCUUGUAAGCAGCCAUCUAAGAUACUCUACUGUUCCCACUCCAUUUGGAGCAAGAGAGAAUAAAGAGAACCAGAGACACAAGAGAAAGAUUAGUGCAAAGGACAAAUGGACCACAAAUACAACAGCCUCCACCAGACUGAGUCCAGCACAACUAGAUGGCGCCCGGCUACCACCACCAACUGCUCUGACGGGGAUCACAAUAGAGGGUCCGGGACAGCUGGAGAAAAAGGUACUACAAAAUUCUAACUCACAAUUAAAAAGACCAGACUUACUGAUCUGACAGAGACUGGAGAAAUCCCGAGAGUAUGGCCCCCAGACACCCUUUUAGCUCAGUAAUGAAGUCACUCCUGAGGUUCACCCUUCAGCCAAAGACUAACCCAGAAACCCAGUGCCGUCGAUUAGACAGGCCCAUGAAACAAACAAGACUAAAUGGGCACACCAACCCAGGGGCAAGGAUGAGAAGGCAGAAAGGGACAGGAAAGCUGGUAACAGGGAACCCAAGGUUGAGAAGGGGAGAGUGUUGACAUGUUGUGGGGUUGCCAACCAGUGUCACAAAACAAUAUGUCUAUUAAUUGUUUAAUGAGAAACUAAUUUGCUCUGUAAACCUUCACCUUAAGUACAAUAAAAAAAAAAAAAAAAAGAAGAAACAGACAAA